AAAGAGAAGAGGAUAGGUGUCAAUUGACUUAAUUUGAUUCGCUGCUACAAUUUGCAGAGAGAGUGAUGCUCUUUUUUUUAUACUCAAAUCACUUGCUAAUGGUUUCGUAGCAGAGAAAGAAAGCCAGUAUCAUGACAAUGGGUGGUUUAGCCGCAACAACACCAGUAUUUUGCUCUCUAUUACCUUCCUCCUCCUCCUCCUCCUCCACCAUCACCACCCGUCGCUCCUUCCUCUCCACUACUCCUUCUGGGAAGAACAAGGUUUCAAUGACUUCACAUCAUUCAUGUUGUUUCUUACAGAUAAAUUGCAAGUUAAAUCUUCAGAGAUCAGGAGCAAAGAAUAUAGUGAGAAAAAUAAGUUGUGGCCUACUAAAAGUGGAAGAUGGUUUAGAUGAUGAGUCAUGUGAGUUAGUCAAUGGGAUAGAACUCUCUAUUGGUGAAGAUGUUGAUGCCUACCUCUUCACGGCAGUAAAGAACAAUAAUAAAACUGGGAUACUUCUCUUGUCUGAUGUUUUUGGUUUCGAAGAUUCUUCAACGAGAGAUUUUGCAUACCGUAUUGCUUGCAAUGGCUACAAUGUUCUAGUUCCAGACCUAUUUCGAGGAGAUCCAUGGGCAAAGCAUCGACCAAUGGCUAUGUUUGAAGAGUGGAUCACAAAACAAGACCCUAAGAGGGUUGCAAAUGAUAUUGCCAUGUCAACAGACUGGAUGGUUAAUGAGUUUCUGGCUGCAGGAAUCUCAAAGAAGCUUGGCCUAAUAGGAUUCUGCUUUGGUGGUGGCAAAGUGAUCGAGGUGCUCGCCCAAGAUCAGGGCGCUUAUUUUGGUGCUGGGGUCUCCUUUUAUGGCACGAGGAUGAAUCCAUCUUUAGCUUCUAAUGUGAAGGUUCCUGUGCUGUUUAUUUCAGGGGACAAUGAUCCUCUUUGUCCAGCUAGUUUGCUGGAAAAUGUUGAGAAGAGAAUUGGCAGAGGAUCAAAAAAGGUAGUGUUUAAGGGAAGGGGUCAUGGCUUUGUACACCGGCCAGAAUCUCCUGAAGAAGAUGCAGAUGCAGAGCAAGCUUUCGCCAUGGCUAGAAAUUGGUUGUAUGAUGGCUUGGUGGCAGCAAACUCCUAAAUAAUGUAACGCUCGUGUAUAUUCGUAUUAUAGGGUUGAAGUUACCAGUGAAAUUGUCUAGAAUUUGGUCAUAAAACUUUGAGUUCAAAGUUUUUAUUGUAAAUUAGUGUUACUUGUAGCUCAAAGCUGUGUCGAAGCCAAUGUGAAAGUGAAACUGGUCAUUCUAGAA